GGCGUCAACAAGAUGCCAGCAGUCAAGUCUGAAUAUGACGAGCCUGGCGACGAUGGAGUUCGAUUCUUGCGCUCACGAGUGCGGUCGCUCAACAGUGAUCCCUUGCACUCUGUCGCCUAUAUGCACAAUCUAGCAUCAUACCUCAAUCGUCCUUAUCAGAAGCCAUCGCGACCAUAUUGCCCCGCACGAGGUUUUGGCUCGUCUACGCUGGACAACGUGUUUCUCUACUUAUAUUCUCUUGCGCAGCCCGAACGGGCAGAGGCCCGGGAGUUCAGCGCUUCUGCAGAGCUCGAGAUGACCGAGGUAGAUGAACAGAGCGAGUUGAUCUUCCUCACAGGAUAUCCGUCCCCCCAAUGGCUGAACACCUUGGUGACCCGGUACGAGAUUGAUCAUCGAUUCUUGCACCGUCAUUUGGACUUCUUACCGACCGGUCGGAGGGAUUGGUAUCUUGCACCCAGUAUCCCAUCCCGGUCGCAACAAUUCAUCCAGCUUGCAGUGCCAUGCAUUGUGUUCACAGGCAACGAGGGUCGUUUUGUCCGCGCCACCGACCUCCAAGAGGCCCGAUUUGCGUGCGCUGAGCUUCUUCGGCAGAGAUCAAAGAGCUUCUUUGCCGGAGCAGACACCCCCGCGGGCCUAACGAUCGUGCGAGAGGUCAACAUACAUAGUGGGGAGGCGAUGGUCGUGGAGCAUGCGAUCACCAUCUGUGUGCUGACCGGAGGCGAAGCAGUGAAGGUGAUCGUAUGGAGCGAUGCAGCAAACGAUUCCGUAUCCAGCUACGUGCCAAUCCCCGAUGGUGGCGCGUUUCAGAACCUUGCCUGUGCGCUGGAGUGCUGCCCGGUUUUUUUCGAAAAGCAUCUCAACACCACAAGGGGGUCCAAACGAACAACAUCCGGCUGUCCGGGUAGCGUACAAGCCUUGUCCGUCCUAGCCAGGGACUAUGGACACACUCUAGACUGGAGCACUUUGCAGCAGGACCCAGUCCUUGUGCUCGAUGAGCUAUUCACCUUCCAAUCCGCCGCGGCCAUGCAGUACCUGAACAUGUUGCGAAAGGACAUUACCCAGGCUAUGCACCGCACGCAAACACGAAACGUGGAGUUCUUGAACAUGGAAGAUAUUUCUAAUUUUGAAUACACCAAGAACGUCCUCGUCCGAUGGGCCUCGCACUUCCGCAGCCUCAGCCAAGCCUUGGAUCCUGAAUCGCCUGGAAACCCUAUCGCUCCACUACCACAUCAGAUCGCGCGCGGAACUAUGCUGACCCUGAAAAGACGCGAUCUGGAGUUUCUGGUCACGGAGGCCCAACUCCUGAUUGAGCUAUGCGACAGUGGCAAAGUGACGAUCAUGAGCAAUUUUUCCAUUGCCGAAUCCAAACGCACGGCGGAAGAAUCGCGACUGGUCGGGGAGCUUACCAAAUUGACCAACAGACUGACCUUUAUCUUCUUACCGAUUUCUUUUGUAACAUCCGUGUUUGGCAUGAACUUCAAGCAGUUUGGUCAGGGGCCCCUGGACAUCUGGAUCUGGGUGGCCGUCACGGUGCCGUUACUGGUUGUUUGUGUGAUUCUCGUCGAGUGGAGGAUUUCAGUUCGAGCAUUAGUCGAAAAGGGAUUGGCCAGGAUGCGACAUGCUGGUUCUUAA